AUGAGUGACGGCACCAACUACCUCCGCAGGAUCCGAUUCAGCGAGGAGUACUUCGGCGGCCACGCGUGGGCGGCGCAGACCUGGUGGGCGGACAACUGCGACCGCAUCGUCGACCUCUACAGCGUCGUCGUCCAGCCUGACCACCCCUCGCACGACGACGACGAUCCGGCGGCGCCUGUAACCCCAUGCCAAUCCGAGGACGACGAGCACCAACGGCAGGAUGGGAUAGGGGACCUGGAGUACUCGGCGUGGUGCUCGGCGUCGGCGUCGGGUGGGUCCACCUCCAACUUCUCCGGGCUGUCCAGCGGCAGCGGGUCGGCCAACAAGGUGGACUUCCCAGUUCUCGGCCUUGUCACCGAGGCCGACAGCAUCACAAGAACAGCACGGGCGCAGCAGUGUGCAGCACAGACAUACAGCAAUGGGACAAGGACAGUGACACCAAGAUACUUGUUCAUCCAUCUUACACCACUGCUUCUGACAGUUUUCACGAUGCUUAACCAUGUAAGCAGCUAA